AUGGAAGAGCCGAGCCCAAGGCAGAAGGAUGGAGGCGCUGGGCUUCAGAGCAGAGGCAUUGAGCGCUGGGCCUUGUACGCGACACAGGCUUGCACUAGGCAAGCAGGCCACAUGCGCUGGGCUAGACCACAAGGUGAGACACUGACUGACGCGGAGCAAGGGCCUCGUCGCUGCACGGGCUUGGCGUGA